CAGGAGAGGAGUCGAGCAGAGAGAGCUACUUUUUCAUGAAACGGGAGUAAAGUAGUAAACUUACAGGAACAUAUACCACUACCAACGUUUGGAUCGAUAUCUGCAUCGAUCUGCACACCCUUGUCUCCUGGAUCCUAGCUGAGAUCAGCGUGAACCACGUGGGUCUCUGCUCCCUGAUCUGUUUCUUAAGACUUUCAGCUUCAUCACGGAGUUUCUCUCGGUUUGUGGGCUCAUCUAAAGGUGAGUAAUAGGAGGAGAAGAGUCUGGUGGUGCAACAGAGGAAAAAUUUCAACCAUUUGGACUCAGCUCAGCCACUACAGAGGAAACAAUCAAUGACUUCAACACAAAAGGACCAACAUGGAGCGAGAAGUCAGCGCUCUCAGCAGGCCGACAUACGUCACAGAAGACAGGGAGAGAAAACCUACAGCUGUGAUGAGUGUGGGAAGGAUUUUACACAGGCUGGAAGCUUAAAAAAACACCAGCUCAUCCACAGUGGAGUUAAAGCUUACAGCUGUGAUGAGUGUGGGAAGUCUUUUACACAGGCUGGAAGCUUAAAAAAACACCAACUCAUCCACAGUGGAGUUAAAGCUUACAGCUGUGAGUUGUGUGGAAAGUCUUUUUCCCUGGCUGGAAGCUUAAAAACUCACCAACUCAUCCACAGUGGAGUUAAACCUUACAGCUGUGACUUGUGUGGAAAGUCUUUUACCGAGGCUGGAAGCUUAAAAAGACACCAACUCAUCCACAGUGGAUUUAAACCUUACAGCUGUGAGUUGUGUGGAAAGUCUUUUACCCAGGCUGGAAGCUUAAAAAGACACCAACUCAUCCACAGUGGAUUUAAACCUUACAGCUGUGAUUUGUGUGGAAAGUCUUUUACCGAGGAUGGAAACUUAAAAAAACACCAACUCAUCCACAGUGGAUUUAAACCUUACAGCUGUGAGUUGUGUGGAAAGUCUUUUACCGAGGCUAGACACUUAAAAAGACACCAACUCUUCCACAGUGGAGUUAAAGCGUACAGCUGUGACUUGUGUAGAAAGUCUUUUACCGAGGCUGGACACUUGAAAAAACACCAACUCAUCCACAGUGGAUUUAAACCUUACAGCUGUAAAUUGUGUAGAAAGUCUUUUACCCAGGCUGGACACUUAAAAACACACCAACUCUCCCAUAGUGGAGUUAAAGCGUACAGCUGUGACUUGUGUGGAAAGUCUUUUACCCAGGCUCAAACCUUAAAAACACACCAACUCAUCCACAGUGGAGUUAAACCUUACAGCUGUGAUUUGUGUGGAAAGUCUUUUACCCAGGCUGGAUGCUUAAAAAGACACCAACUCUUCCACAGUGGAGUUAAAGCGUACAGCUGUGAUUUGUGUGGAAAGUCUUUUACCGAGGCUGGAGGUUUAAAAACACACCAACUCAUCCACAGUGGAGUUAAACCUUACAGCUGUGAUUUGUGUGGAAAGUCUUUUACCCAGGCUGGACACUUAAAAAAACACCAACUCAUCCACAGUGGAUUUAAAGCACACAGCUGUGAGUUGUGUGGUAAAGCUUUUGCUCAAAGGCACGACUUACAGAAGCAUCUAGUUACCCACUCUGGAAUUAAGGCGUACAGCUGCCACUUUUGUGGAAAAAGUUUCAGCGACAAACAGUACCGAAAUAGUCACCUGCGGAUUCACACUGGAAAUGAUGUUUCCUGCUGUGAUCAGUGUGGGAAACUGUUUGCAACAGAUGCACAGUUAAAAAUACACAUGUUUAGCCACACUGAGGAGAGACCUUAUAAAUGUGACCUGUGUGAGAAGACUUUUAAAACUCCACAUCACCUGAAAAAACACCAACAGAUCCACACCAGAAAGUAACUCUAGAAGUGCAGUUACUGUGAGAAGUGGAGCAAAGCACAUGGAUCCAUUUCUCAACCCUGUCGUCACUGUGGUGGUGGGAAAGAGUUUCUCUUUGACCUUUGUGGAAGAACCUCCAAUCACGAACGGGACUUAAAAGCACAUCAACGUAGACACACUGGAGACAAAAUGAACUACUGUCAAGAAUGUGGGAGAGGCUUCCACACACCAAGUACUAUAAAAAUACAUGAUCUCUUCCACAGUGUGGUCAAAAAGCACAUCUGUGACUAGUGAGGGUCAUCCUUCACCACUGCACGUGAGCUUAAAGAAAAAGCAUAAGGGAAUCCACACAGAAGAGACACCACACAAGUGCAGACACUGUGACAAAAGCUUCUCACAAUCAGGUCAUCGUAACAAACAUGAACGUACACACAUGGAAGUGAACUUCAGCUGUGACCAGUGUGACAAGAGCUUCAGGAAUGUCAGUUCAUACUCUGAACACAAACGAUCCCACACUGUAAAUAAACUGUUUCACUGUUACCAAUGUGCAAAAACAUUCACUUCAUUAUCUGCUCUGUGCAAACAUCAGCCUGAUCAUGCAGGACUGAAAUCACUGGAUCACAAUGAAUCUGAAGAGAGAGAAAGAUCCUCUUCUGGUUUCAGGGUCAGACUUAAAAACCUUGAGAUCAGGCUCCACAGAGUUCAGAUGGAAUCUCCUGUAAAGAGUGUCAGCUGAUGCCACACUUGGAUCUGAUGAGGUAGCUCUGAUUUCUGGAUCUGCAGUGAAUAAUCCUGAAUGUUACAUUUAGGAAGCUGCAUGUAUAGAUAUGCAUAUCAAGUUUAUGUUUUUUCCUUUGAGGGAUUUUAAUUCUCUAAAAUGUUAUCCCUGUUACAUUUUAGUCUUUGUUUCCUUAGGACACAGUAGUGUUUAGUAGUUGUACUUGUUACUGUAUUAUUAAAGUUAUAGGAAUGUCUUUCUUACCAAACUAAUAAUGUAUCAGAAUUGCAGAUAUGGAUAUAUAUUUCAAUUUCUUUCAUUUGAACUUUCUCAGUGUUUCCAAAAUUAGUUAAAUUUCAAUUCUUCAUUCAUAUUUAAUCUUUUGCUGUUGUAAAAUCUUCUCUUAAAUCAUUUUCUCCCAAAACUGCAAAUAGUUUCACAGCAGUUGCUCUUAAAACCUCCAAAAUGAACUAAAUCUGUCCACCAUCUUUGAAAAUCACCUUCUGUGACUUUAUGUCCUGAAAAAAUAAACUCAAGCUAAACUGGUUUUGGGCUGUACUUCCAUAUAAUACCAGUUUGUACGAGAAGAUGAAGCAGUGAGUCAGUGUAACCUUUAUUUAAUUGGGCAAAGAACACAGUCUUAUUCACAGUGGUAGCAAAGAAAUGUUAAAAGUUAAAAACAGCAGCACACAUCAGGACCAUUUUAAAGAUCACAGGCGACUACUUUUACUUAAUUCAAAUUCUGUUAAACCUCUAUUUGUUGCUCCUCCUUUCACUUUAGUGUAUUUAGUCCUUGAAGUCCACGUGUUGUUUUUUAAUUAAUUUUGAUCCACAUGUUUGCAGCUGUUUUCUUGUUAAUUUGAAGUUUGUAUUAUGAAAUCCUGAUAAUGUUAGGCGUUAGUUAUAUUUGAUGAAGUCUGUGUAGAGUUUAUCUUAUUAAACAGUUUGGUGUGAAAAAUAAAGAAAUGGUCUCAGAACAAGUAGUUUGAGCCAUGAUUUCAGAUUCAAACUAAUUUAACUGUUUUCAGUGGUACAUGUGGAGGUUUAUCAGAGGAGGCAACUUGGCUGUUCUCCACUCACACUGAACAAGGAUC